AUGCAGGCUCUUAUUGAAAAGAAGAUGGAUUCUAGACAAGAUACAUUUAAUGAAUCUGUAUCAUCGCUAUUAGAACGUAAAGUACGAGGUUGGUUGACUGGUGUGAUAGACGACAUGAGGCGUAGUAGUCCAGUUCAACAAUGGCUAGAUUCCUGCCCUCCGGAAACUGAUGAUGUAAAAUCCAAAAGUGACUUAAAUGACGAAAUCUGUGACAUAGAAACAGACACACAGUCAAAGUCUGAAGAAAAUAAAGGGAAUGAGACUAUAUCAGAGAAAACGGUUAUAGAAAACCCCGAGGUUUCAAAUGAUGACAAUAAUUUGGAUGUCCCUGGUCAAAGAGAAUUAUGGAAGAGGAAAUCAUUGGAGAGUGGCUUAAUGACGAGCGCUCCUCAGUCGCCACAAGCUAGAAAUAAUAAAAAUAAACUUCAGAGGGACCAUUCAGUUCAAUCAGAGGGAUAUGUACCAAGAUUUAAGAAUCCAUUACUGAGAGAUCACUCUUUACAGUCAGAUGGCAGUGGUUCCAGUGGAAGUUCAGUUCUAAAUGUUUUAGGAGCCAGGAAGGUAGAUGCUGAAUCCGUUUUACUGGCACUUGGUUUCGGCCCUAGUGAAAAACAACAGAAAUUGCAAAGAAUACCCGACAGAUUCCUAGUGCCUUCCAAGUUAAAAGGUAUCAGUACAGAGCAAUUUAUUAAGGACGAACAACAUUCAAUGAGAAUGCAUGACUGUGGAGUUUUUGGUUACAGAGGGCUGACAGGGAAUCCUCAUGUUCCACCGUCGACAAUCGUAGCUAAGAUAAUGGACUGUAUACUCCAAGGCGAGGUCUGCCGCGAUCAAGCCCUCACUAAGACACGACACUCAAUAGCCGACAUACGUGCCACUGGAAAUGUUCAAGCUCAGUUAAAAUCUCGAUUACGUUCCACAUAA